UCAAUCGACAGAUCAUUUUAUUUUUUACGAAAAGAUUGAAGAAAAUAAAUAAAUUUUGAAACUAAAAAGAAGAAGCCCUUUUGCAUUCAGCAACUUAACUCUCCAUUGCAACACCAUCGCCCGCGUCAAAAAAAAAAAAAAAACCCGAUGGAGGCGAAGUAAGCAAGUAGGUCUUUGUUAUGUCAGAAGAUUUAAGGGGUAAACUUGGACCAGAUCACUUCAGUUACUAUGCAAGCGAAGUAGAACGAUUGUUGCAAGAUGAGGAUAACCAUUUUUUGACUUCACAAACUGCUGAAAUUCUUGGAAAUAAACAUGAGCAUGCCAAAUGGGAGGACAGGCUUCAACCCAGAUGUGAUUUGGGUUCUUCCUUUAGUAAUUCUGUUGGACCACGGCUUUCGGAUUUCCAAAGAGAAAUGUUGAAGUUACGUCUUCAGCAAUCUGUGGUGGUUCUAACAUCAGAAGUCAAUGAGAUGCUUGAUCCGGUCUUAUCCAUGUGCCGGUUACAAUCACAGCUCACAGCAAGACCUGCAUUAUCUAAAGCUGAUGCAAAGCAAGUUCCCUCUCAGAAAGUUAUGGUUUCUUCAUAUUCCUCAUCAACCAACACUCCUUUGGCUGCUAGUCCUUCUAACUCUUCUACAGAGGAUGAUGAUAUGAAGUUCCUUCUAGAGAAUAACAGCUCCCAUGUUGAGAAGACACUGAAGAAAUAUUCUGAUGAACUACUUUCAACAUUGGAACACAUGGAGCAAAAGCUUGAAGAACUUCUUGAUGCAGUGGCAUCUAACUGCAGGCCAAUGACUCAUACUGAGAAGCAGCAACUUCAAAAACUAAUUAAGAAGCUACCACCGAAGAAGCUUGACCGGGUAGUUGAGAUUGUUCAACGUAGCAAGCCAAUAGAAAGCCAAGACCAUGAUGAAAUUUUUGUCAAUUUAGAAGAAAAGGAUAACGCAACAGUUUGGAGAUUGUAUUACUAUGCUGAAGCAGCGGAGAAGGCUAGACUCCUCUAAUAGCAAACAUCUAUUGCUCGUGCAAACAAAUGACGAGGUGGUGCAUUUAGUAUAAUCAGAGCUGUGAUCCUGAGCUGCGAGGGCUUGGCAUUAACUGUCGCUGAUUUUUCAGAAACAUACUUUCCUUUCUAUUUUGUUUCCUCUCAUUUGUCUAAACACUCUAUUCAACAUCAUGAAUUUAUGUAGCUAGCAAGGGGAGAUCAUUGAGAAUUCAGGCAAUUAAAUCAUUCUUUUUGAAGUGCA